UCUUCCGGUCUUUGCGAACUGAGUUCCGUUUACCGUUCACUUCCUUUAGCUGAGUCCUAUUCCCGUGGUCCGGUUCGACGCAGAGUGAAAAAUUGUUCAUUUUAAACGUUAUAUAUAUCGUGUGCCCAAACGCGAUGCAACAAAUGAAACGUCUGUUAGAUGUAUAUGUGGCGCUGCAGGCUCUGUUUGCGUUGUCAUGUUGUUUUUCCGACGCAGAGCCGGGGCCUGUAGCAGGUUCUCAGUCAAACGGAGACCGCUUCAGAAUCGAAGGACGAGCGAUCGUUCCCGGAGUGAAAACACAAGACUGGAUCUCCACAGCCCGAAUCCUGUUGGAAGGAGAAGAAUAUGUUGGUUUUCUCAAGACUGAUGGGAGCUUUACUGUCAACGAUGUGCCUUCUGGCUCAUAUGUGGUUGAAAUCGUAUCACCGUCUUUCAGAUUUGAUCCUGUUCGUGUGGAUAUUACCUCCAAAGGGAAAAUGAGGGCACGCUUGGUGAAUUACAUCAAAACCUCUGAAGUUGUUAGACAGCCAUACCCUCUUCAGAUCAGAUCCAGUGGUCCACACACGUACUUCAUGAAGCGAGAAACCUGGGGCUGGACUGAUUUUCUGAUGAACCCAAUGGUCAUGAUGAUGGUUCUUCCCUUAUUAAUCAUCGUCCUGCUCCCAAAGGUGGUAAAUACGAAUGAUCCUGAGAUGAGAAAGGAAAUGGAGCAAUCUAUGAACAUGUUGAACCCUAACCCAGAAUUGCCAGAUGUUUCUGAAUUCAUGACUAAAUUGUUCUCCAAGGGCUCCAGUAAGUCUAGCGGAGGCAACAAAGGCAGCAGAAGUGUUGCUCCGAAGAGGAGGUAGUGCCGUGUAUUUUGUCGGUUUUCUUUAACACUGUUUUACUGGGUUUCCUCUUUUAUAUAUAUGAACAGUUUCUUUUUCAACUGAAACGCUUGACGAAGCAAGACUGGGUUUGCACUGUACUACUUUUCCAUGCUUAAUUGUCUUCUUUGGAUGCAUUGUUAAUAUUUAGAUCAUUUUAGUCAUUGUGGUGAUACUCUGAAAACUAUAUAUAAAAUGUAUUAAUGGAUAAAACCAAUACAGAUCAA